AUGUGCGCCAGGGGCUUUGGCCGCCCCAGCUGCUCCGCUCCCGGCAGUGCAGGUCAGUGCCUCUGUGGGAAUCCUGCCAUCACCCCCACCACCCCAGCUCUUCCCACCUCUGAUGGAGCUAGGGAGCUAAAGCCAGGGACUUGGGGCACCUGGGGCGGUGUGGGAACAGCUGGGAGGAGGAAACGCCUGCUGACUGGCCAGCAGCAGCUCAGCUCGGGGAGCUCCAUGCAGCAGGGGCAGGGGCCCUGGCACAUAGAGGUCUUUGCCCUGGGUGGCAGCUGUCCUGGGGCCCAGGAGGGACACUGA